CAGAUUCAUCCAUUUUAGCCGCAGUGUAAUUAAUUAGACAAAACACAGUUGGACUAUUCUACUACUAUAGAAUAGAACAGAAUAGAAUAGAAUAGCCCUUUAUUGUCAUUGUCCAUGUACAACGAAAUUGUGGGUGCUCCAAACCAACUGUGCCCCAAUAGCUAAAAGGAGAAAUAUAUACACUCAAUAUUUAUAUAUACAAAAACAAGAGAAAGGGACACAUUAGAGAACGCAGGAAUGCAACUUUCUCAAUAUUAUGUUCAAGGAUCCAUAUGGCUUCUCAUAAAGGCCAUCUCAUAAAGCUUUACUUAGCUAACUGCUGGAAUAUUUGGUCUUCUGUUUUCCUGUUUUCAUUUCUUGCACAUCUGCUUUUAAUCCUGGCCUGUGACAGCAGGCUUUGACAAUGCUGCCACCUAGUGGGACUAAACAAAAAUCGGUUCUUUCUGUCUUUAACCACGUAAGGGUUGCUACCAGAAAUACUUAGUCACAUGUUAAUACCGCACAGUUGAGAUAAGAAAUGCGCGUAUCUUUUCCAAAUAUUACACAGCAAACAAUAUGGAGAGUGACACUGUUCAGUUAGACAAUUAAUUAGACUGUUUAUAACUGAUAACCUAUCGUGUGACCUCCAUCAUAACGGCAUUGUGAAUGAUAAAGCUAUGUGGUCGGACGGCUAACGCUUUUUAAAAGAAAAUAAGGUGGAAUGAAGCGAGGAAAUCGCCCAUUAGGUAUUCACUCAAGAAUGACUUCCAGUAUUACUCACACUGGCGGCGGAGAGUAUAGCUCACAGCUGUUCAGUGGGUGACGACACAAAAUUAGAAAUAAGAAUGAUGAUUUUUGAGCGUCUCCGAGUUGCGGAGUACUUUAUCUCGCUGUUGCCAAAUAUCAGACUCAGAGCUGAAGCGAGCGCGCGCAUUUUAUUUGUCGCGUGCCCUGCUGAAGUGUCUUGGACAACAAAAACAUGCGCGCGCGGCUGAACCUCUGCUAUCAAAGCCAUAAAGCAACAGUUUAUUUUAGAGUAUAUUCGUAUUAUUCUUCGAGGUUGGAUGGAGGACUACAUUAUGAAUUCAUCUUCUUCAUACCUCAGCUCACCUGACAAUCUGGAAAAAGAUCAUGAGCAGUACAACAAUGUGCUCAUGCCCAGCAUCUUUGGUGUUAUUUGUUUCUUUGGGAUCACUGGGAACUGCAUUCUCAUUUACACCAUUGUGAAAAAGACCAAGUUCUGCUGUCAUCCAUCAGUGCCAGACAUAUUUAUCUUCAGCUUGUCCAUCGCAGACCUCCUCUUUCUCCUUGGCAUGCCUUUUCUCAUUCACCAGCUCGUGGGCAAUGGCUCCUGGUGCUUCGGUGGCACCAUGUGCACCGUCAUCACGGCGCUUGAUUCCAACAGCCAGAUCGUCAGCACGUACAUCCUGACUGUCAUGACACUGGACCGCUACUUGGCAACAGUCCACCCCAUCCGCUUCAAACACGUUCGAACCCCCUUCGUGGCAGGGGCGGCAGUGGCGCUGGUGUGGGUGUUUUCUCUGGUCUCCAUCACUCCUGUCUGGAUGUACACUGGACUCAUGCGUCUCAAGGACGGCUCGGUCGGCUGCGCCCUCCUGCUCCCAAACCCGGCCACAGAUACAUACUGGUUCACCCUGUACCAGUUCUUCUUGGGCUUUGCUCUCCCUUUAGUGGUCAUCUGCAGUGUCUUCUUCAAGAUUCUCCAAAAUAUGUCAGCCACAGUUGCUCCACUACCCCAGCGCAGCCUCAGGGUGCGUACAAGAAAGGUGACCCGCAUGGCAGUGGCCAUUUGCCUGGCCUUCUUCUUAUGCUGGGCACCUUAUUAUAUCCUCCAGUUGGCCCAUCUCGGAGUACAGCGGCCCAGCUUUGCUUUCCUGUAUGUCUACAACAUUGCCAUCAGCCUGGGCUAUGCCAAUAGUUGCAUCAACCCUUUCAUCUACAUUGUGUUGAGCGAAACUUUCAAGAGGCAGUUCAUUGUAGCUAUUCGGCCACCCCACAGAGGCUUCAGAGUCGCCCCUGCUCAGGCUGAAGGCUUGAGUUUGAGGGUGGCGCCAGAGAGCUCUCAUCCAUCCCGCUCGCAGUCGUCGCGGGAACUGCUCCAAAACAUGCUGCCCGUCACCGUGGCUGUGCACUGAGAUUGACAGCUAUCUGGCCACCCGUGACCAGUGCUAACUACCACCCCCAGCAACGAGCCAUCUGCCAGUACAGACGUCUCUCUUUUUUCCCUCCCUCCUCGGAAAGCACCCACUGUUUACAUCAACACAUCACAAGAGAAGGAAUUUCUAUCCCACACACACUGCGUUAAUGCGCCAAGUGGUGAUAUUACCGGUGAAGUUUGGAGACGUGUUUAUGUUUGUUGUGAGGAAUAAAUGUAUCGACUGUAGUCGCCAUAUUUUUAAAGAAUGAGAAUGAAAAAAGGAACAAUAGGCAACUUGCAGCUGACAUGUGCCAUUUUUUAAAAAUCUCACUUUGUGUAAACUGUGCUUGAUUUAUCAGUAUGGCAUCUCUGUAAAGGUUUGAUGUAAGGCCAACUUCAUCACACAGCUGUGUUAUACUUAAUGUGUCUUAAAUUACUACGUCGUGGUAGCAGAAAAGUGCAGAUUUGUCACUGUUUUGUGUUGUGCACUGUAAGUUUAUCAAUGUUGUGGUGGAGAAAAAAAGCAUGUGAGCACAUUUAACGCAUUUUAAAGGUCAAGCCAGCUACACCAUUAAAGAAUAGCACACACGGCUGAGGGCAGAUUAUGCACUCAUGAGACAGUAUGCAAAAAACCCCUCUAGUAACACUUGGAGGAUGAGCAAUCACCGAGGACAGACUGCACGCCUUCGCUGGCAAAGACAAAGGAUUUGCAGACUUAAUACUGAUCUUCUCUUUGUGUGUGCUUGAAUGUCAUCAUUCAUGCAUCUCCAAAUGUCAUUCUGUUGUACCUUGGUGACUGUGUGACUUUUUUUUGGAGGCAUUUGUCUCCACGAUGGCUUUGGAGACUCACUCUGAAUUGGCUGUUGCCGUGUGCAGCCUGUCUUACUGUAACUGCUAACUCUUACCUGCUACUGGAAAACUGUGUUUACUAUGCUUACCGUGAAAGCUCUUGUCUCACCCAGUGGGUGGGUUUGUUUUACUCUAAUCAGUAAUAAAAUGUGUG